AUGUCCGCCACAAGUGACACCCCGUCUGCCGCUGGUCCCGACUACUCAACCUGGGACACUGCCCGCCUUAUCUCGCGAAUCACGGAAUUGGAACAACAGCUCAGUUCCUCCACCGAAAACCAACCUCGUGGCCGUAGCAAGCCCACCAACGAUCUCCCGCCCACAUCCCCGCUAAUCAAUCCGGGCGACUCCUAUCCUCCUGGUCCACUUACCCCGUCGAGGUCUUCCUCAAGAGCAGCACGACCAGCCCGAGACAUUGAUCCGUCCAAAUACAACACCCGCUUCAUUGCCUUGAAGUUCGCGUAUCUCGGUCAAAGAUAUAAUGGAUACGAACACGCUAACGGAAAUAUCACACCGUUGCCUACUAUCGAAGAAGAACUAUUUAAAGCUUUACGAAAAUCUCGCCUGAUUUUUCCCAAGACGGUGGAGAAUGUAGAUAACGUUGAUAGGGCUGGAAAUAGGCUAUUGCGUCCAUAUUCAAUUGACUGGGAAGGGUGUGACUACUCUAAGUGUGGAAGAACCGACCGCGGAGUCAGCGCUUUCGGACAGGUCGUCGGUGUAAGGGUUCGAAGUGCGAAGCCGAAGAAGAAGAAAGAUGUCGAGCCAGUUAAAACCCCAGACAUCCCUUCGUCAGUAACUCCUGUGGAAAGUCCACUUGGCGGGUUGGACAUCGAUGUCUGUGAUCUUGAGGCUGAGGAAGCUUGGGAUGAUAUUGCAGAUGAACUCCCCUAUAUACAGAUGCUAAACGGUGUACUACCCGAGGAUAUUCGUAUUCUAGCAUGGUGCCCUCAUCCACCUCCAGGUUUUGACGCUAGAUUCUCAUGUCGCGAGCGUCGAUAUCGAUACUUUUUCACUCAGCCGGCUUUCUGCCCCACUCCAGGACCGUUCGGCUUCCUCAAGAGGCCCGGUGAUACGUCGGGUGCCAAAAUGAGGGAAGGCUGGUUAGAUAUAGACGCAAUGCGAGAAGGAGCAAAGCGCUUUAUCGGAUCCCACGAUUUUAGAAACUUUUGCAAAGUGGACGCGAGUAAGCAGAUAACGAAUUUUGUGCGGAAGAUAUCCCAUGCGGAUAUCCAAGUUUUAGAUGCUAGCAAGCUCCCGCCGGCCUUUUUGGCGCAGCAGGGUUUCCAACAAUUCGAACACCUAGGCCAACAAGAACGUGCAGCCAGCGGCGGCCACAAUGCGGCUUUGAAAGUGUACUAUUUUAGCGUUCAUGGAUCCGCGUUUUUAUGGCAUCAAGUCCGGCAUAUGGUUGGUAUCCUAUUUCUUAUCGGCCAAGGACUUGAGCCGCCGUCCAUUGUCUCCGAGCUGUUGGACGUCAGCAAAAACCCUCGACGACCAACGUAUGAAAUCGCUUCGGACGCUCCACUAGUUUUGUGGGAUUGUGUAUUCCCAGGUCCAAAGUCCGAAGAAGAAGGUCGAGACGGACUGGACUGGGUAUAUGCAGGAGAUCCACGCACCGCAAGGUCAGGAAGAAGCGAUGGAAAGUUCGGACAAGGUGGAGCUGUUGACGAAGUAUGGUCUGUCUGGAGACAACGCAAGAUUGACGAAGUCCUGGCUGCAAGUUUGCUAGACCUUGUGGUAAGUCAAGGUGAGAGCAGCUCAAUUGCCAGAGGAGGGUUUAGACAACCUACUCAAGAUAUAUUUAACCGGAGUCAGAAGAUGUUCUAUGGUGGAAACGACGGGAAAUUGAGCGGAAAAUACGUACCGCUGAUGCAGAGACGGAGGAAUGAUACUGUGGAAGAGAUAAAUGCAAGAUGGACAAGGAAAGGAAAAAGGGUAGCCAAAAAUGGCGCUGAUAAGACCCACUCAGCCGAUGUUGAGGACGCUGCUUGA